CGCCCGCCCCGCCGCGCGGUUGGUGCGGCCCAUGGCGAGCGCGUCAUGGCGAUCGAAGGUGGAGAGAGGACCUGUGGAGUACAUGAGCUUAUUUGCAUUAGAAGAGUCUCUCCAGAGGCCGCUGGGUUUCUGUCUGCAGUCGGGGUGCUCGCUGUCCUGAUGCUGCUGCUCUUCCUCUAUGCUCACAAGAAGCUCUGUUCUGAAGACGUCGGAGGGUUUCCAGACCUGGGGUCGGGAUACAGUACAAGAGAGACCUCACAAGAAAGAACAUAUAAUUCCUACGUGGACAGAGGUGAGCCUGGCUCAUCCUCUGAAAGUGAAGAAGAGGCACUGGGCAGAUACCACGAGGCCCUGUCCAGAGCACGCAGCUCAAGACUGCCAUUUGUAGAUUGUAGACAAAAGAGCUAUGCUUGGGAAACAAGGCAGAAGUAUAGUCCUUUAUCUGCGGAGUAUGAUGGCUACAGUAGUGAGGCGUCAGUAGAUGAAGGAAACUGCAUUCAGAGAAUGAGAAGGACACCCCCGCUGGACGAACUGCAGCCGCCGCCCUACCAGGACGACAGUGGUUCUCCCCACCUUUCCUGCACUCCAUCAGAACUCGGGGACGGCAAGUGCGAGGUUUCCCACUGCAGCAACAGCCCACGGUGCUCCUACAACAAGUGCCCGAGCGAAGGAAGCGUGGGCCCCGAGGCUGAGAGCCUCCAUAACAAGGGAUAUGAGGAGGACGUUCCCAGCGACAGCACUGCCGUCCUGAGCCCCGAAGAUAUGUCUGCUCAAGGAUCCUCUUCGCAGCUUCCUAAACCUUUUGACCCAGAGCCAGAAGCUAAAUAUGGCACACUGGAUGUGACUUUUGACUAUGACUCACAAGAACAAAAGCUGCUGGUAACAGUGACAGCUGUCACAGACAUUCCAACAUACAACAGGACAGGUGGCAACUCAUGGCAAGUACACCUUGUCCUUCUACCUAUCAAGAAGCAGAGAGCAAAGACCAGCAUCCAGAGAGGACCAUGCCCUGUCUUCACUGAAACUUUCAAAUUUCACCAUGUUGAGUCUGAGAUGAUUGGAAAUUACGCUGUUCGGUUUAGACUGUAUGGUGUACAUCGCAUGAAAAAAGAGAAGAUUGUGGGGGAAAAGAUUUUUUAUUUAACAAAAUUGAACCUUCAAGGGAAAAUGUCAUUACCUGUGAUACUGGAGCCUUCUUACAAUCAUUCUGGCUGUGAUUCCCAGGUAAGCGUGUCAGAAGUGUCCUGUGGUGAGAGUGCGUCCUCCUGCCAAUCUCUUGAGCAUGGCUCCGUCCCAGAAAUCCUCAUCGGCCUGCUUUAUAAUGCCACCACUGGAAGACUAUCAGCGGAAGUGAUAAAAGGCAGCCACUUCAAAAACUUGGCAGCAAACAGACCGCCCAAUGGACUGUUCUGUUGUCUAAAACACUUGAUAGGUGGACAGGUUUAUAUAAUCCGAGAUACAUAUGUUAAGCUCACGCUGCUGAACUCCAUGGGCCAGGAGAUGUCCAAGUGCAAGACAUCCACCCGCAGAGGGCAGCCGGAUCCAGUGUACAAGGAGACUUUUGUUUUCCAGGUGGCCCUGUUUCAGCUUUCUGACGUGACACUCAUACUGUCUGUGUACCACAAGCGCAGCAUGAAGAGAAAGGAGAUGAUAGGCUGGAUCUCCCUGGGGCUGAACAGCUCUGGGGAAGAGGAGCUCAGCCACUGGGCCGAGAUGAAGGAGGCGAAAGGGCAGCAGGUGUGCAGGUGGCACGCGCUGCUCGAGUCUUGAGGAGCAGGUGGGCCCCUGAGCCCACCCCGUCACCGCGAGCGAGCCUUCUCUGAAGACACCUGUCAGCACUCUGUCCAGAGGCUUUGCGUCCUGCAGGAAGAACGCGCAGUGCCCACCCAAGCGGGGACAGCUGAGUCUGUGGUAGCGCGUCUGUGGUACUGUGCGUGCGUGCGUGCGUGCGUGCGUGCGUGCGUGCGUGCGAGCGAGCGAGCGUGUGAGCGCGCGCGGCCUGUUACCCAGGGCUCCAGAAGUUUCGGAAAGUGCUUUGGAUUUGGAGGUCCUUUUACCUCAGAGUGCCACGGGAGGCUGGGAGACUUCAGUGUGGGACCUGAGUCGCGGCACUCGCUACCUCAGCAUAGCUGCAUCGUCCACAAAGUGCGCCCGGGCCGGAGCUCGGCGAGGUGAGCGCCCACGGGGCCCGCCCCGCGCCUCUGGCCGAGGGACGGAGGUUCGGGGAGGACUUGAGGGCAGGCCUGUUCCCCUCCUGCUGCCUUUUCCUGAUCCAAAGAGACCCAGGCCCCGGCGCUUCGCGCAGGACGGCCAGGAGAGGAGGUGCGCGGCGG